CCUUGCGAGGCACUAACAAAUCAAAAACAUCACAGCACAAUCGCUGAGAAAGAUACAGAGAGUGAAACCGAGACAAACCACAAUGGCGGCUGAGUCUCAGACCAUCGUUGUUCCCACUGAUGCUGAGCUGCUGCAGGCUCAAGCUGACCUUUGGCGCCACAGCCUCUACUACCUCACCUCCAUGGCAAUCAAGUGCGCCGUCGAGCUUCACAUCCCAACUGCCAUCUAUAAUCUUGGAGGGGCUACAUCGCUUCCUGACCUGAUAACCGCGCUGUCCCUCCCCCCAGCCAAGCUUCCAUUCCUCCGCCGCAUAAUGCGGUUGCUGGUCACGUCGGGCAUCUUCGCGUCUGACAGCAAUGCCGAGGUAGAGACCUUCCGCCUCAAUCCACUCUCCUGGCUCCUGGUGGAAGGUGUGGAAGCGGAAGACCACACCUAUCAGAAAUACUUCGUGCUCGCCGCGGUUUCACGGCAUUAUGUUGAGGCGGGGUUGUCUCUGGCUAACUGGUUCAAGAAGGAUUUGGCGCCACCAGUGCCGUCGCCAUUCGAGGAUUUACAUGGUGUGCCACUCCUUCACGAGAAUACGCCGCUCCUGGACAAGGAACUUGAUAGGAUUGUCAAUGAAGGCCUGGCAGCACACGACAAUUUGGCAAUUGGAACAAUAAUUCGGGAGUGCCAUGAUCUUUUCAAGGGGCUGCAAUCACUGACUGACUGCUGUGGUGAUGGCACGACUGUGAGUGCUAUCAUGAAGGCGUUCCCUCACAUCAAGUGCACUGUGCUGGACAUUCCAAAGGUUAUUAAGACCACACCAGCUGAUGCCGUUAACUAUGGCGCGGGGGACAUGUUCAAGUUUGUCCCACCUGCCCAAGCUGUGAUGCUCAAGCUUGUACUGCACUUCUGGAACGAUGAGGAUUGCGUGAAGAUCCUGGAGCAAUGCAGGAAAGCAAUUCCUUCCCGAGAAGAGGGAGGGAAGGUGAUCAUUAUAGAAAUAGUUCUUAGCCCUUCGAUGGGGCCAAUAAUGUACGAAGCUCAACUCCUGGUGGACAUGGUCAUGAUGGUGAAUACUAGAGGCAGGCAGCGGGACGAAAAUGACUGGCGCGAGAUCUUUAUGAAAGCAGGUUUCUCCGACUAUAAGAUCGUUAAGAAAAUAGGAGCUCGUGGCAUCAUCGAGGUUUACCCGUAAGACUGCACGCCCAAAGGUUCGCUCACAGUUUCACCAAAAAAAUAAAAAAAAGGUCUGCUCACAGCAGUGUGGAUCAGUAUGGAUCGGACAAUGUCCUGUGAGGAAAUAAAUAAAUGGAGUGUCCUAUUUCCUAAACAGAGUUUCAUGGAUCCGAAAGUAGUUUAGUUGUCAAGCUUUACCACUUCGAGAUCCGAUUAGUACCCUCUGUUUGCAAAUGUAUCAGAUAUUUUUGUGUGCUUUGCCAUGUUGAUUUGGUUUUAUGUACGACCACAAUAUGUUAUGUAACAUAUCAUGUAUCAUAUUUCA